UUCUCUUCUCUGCAACAUACCCAGCAAAAUUAAAAAUCUCUUCUUUCUUCGUUAGUGGUGGCGGCCAUGGGAAGACACUUGCUAGCUCCUUUACUGAUACUGAACUUCAUCUUGUACAUCGUCAUCAUCGGCUUCGCUAGCUGGUGCUUGAAUCACUUCAUUAAUGGCCAAACCAAUGUUGGCGGGGUGACGGGCAACGGAGCAACGUUCUACUUCCUAGUCUUCGCGAUCCUCGCCGGAGUGGUGGGCGCGGCGUCCAAGCUCGCAGGAGCGAGCCACGUGCGAGCAUGGCGAAACGACAGCCUCGGGGCAGCGACGGCGACGGCCGUCAUCACGUGGGCGAUCACCGCGCUCGCGUUUGGCUUGGCGUGCAAGGAAAUUCAUUUGGGUGGUUACAGAGGGUGGAGGCUGAAGGCGCUUGAAGCCUUCGUUAUAAUAGCGUGUUUCACGCAGCUGUUGUAUGUUCUAUUGCUGCAUGCGGGGAUGGUGAGUGGCAAGUAUGGGCCGGCGUAUAGAGAUCGGGACUAUGGUGGGGCUACGGGUGUGGAUAAGGGGACGAGGGUUUAGGGUUUCUGGAAGGGGAGUGGGAGUGGUGUGAUUUGUGUGUGGUUGUUGAAUGGUGCUUUUCUUUUCUUUGGGAGAUGAUGAUGAUAUGUUUUAAUGAUGAAUGUGUGCAUAUGCCUUUUUUUUUAAU